AUGAUGCUUUUGGCACAAUACGUUAUAGUACCAACUUCUUUUAAUUUAAAUCCAAACAUUCCAGGACAUAAUAGGAGGCUACGAUGGGUUUUCAAACGGGCGGUCGUUACACUUGAUGACACUUUGAUACAUGUUGUCUCUGCUAAGAAACAAUACUUAUAUAGAAGUAGGGGAAAGAGAGAUUGUUACCAAAGCAUAUUGGGAAUUUGUGAGUUCAAUAUGAUUUUUAUAUUUAUUGUGGCUGAGUGGGAAGAUGUAACACAUGACUCUAGAAUAUUAUCAGAAGCAGUAGUUGAUCCACAAACAUUAUUCUCGUUUCCACCACCAGACAAAUAUUAUCUUUGUGAUGUCGUGUAUGCACACACUCGAGGAUUUAUGGCCCCUUAUCGUAAUGUGAGCGUAGACUCACGGCACGCUUGGAUUCGAUUCCGCAUUCUUCGAAUUGUGAUUUUGGUUGACGAUCGAUCUUUUCGUGAAAGCUUCGCUUCGAUCUCGUGCAAUCUCCGACUUUUCUUGAAAUAUCUAGUUUUAGUUUUAUCCUCGGAAACAGAAUCCAAGCGCGAAGACGAGAUUGUUGGUGAUGGAUCUAACUAUGUGGUUUUUGCCGGAGGCGGUGGCGAAGGUCGAAGUGGAAUCCCUAAUGCGCUCGUCAUCUCCCUCUUUGACUCCGCUUCCAAUUCCCUUUCGGACCAACCCGUGAACAAGUUUGGGCUUGAUGAUGAGCUUCCAUAUAGAAUGGCUGUUCACCCAGGUGGUGAAGGUGUUAUAUGUUCAUUACCAAAGAGUUGCAGAUGGUUCGAAUGGGAAGCAACCAAGAAAGAUGAUGACUUCACGUUGAAUCUAAAGCAGUCUGAGAAAGUCCUAUAUGAAUUAGAACAUAUUGGACAACAACUUGCAGUUACUUUUAGUCAUGAUGGUUCUUUACUUGCUGUAGGUGGUGAGGAUGGUAAGCUGAGGGCAUUCAAGUGGCCCAGUAUGGAAGCAACUAUUGAUAUCCCUGAUGCUCAUGGCUCUGUGAAAAAUUUGGAUUUCAGCCCUGAUGGAAAGUUUUUGGUGUCUGUGGGAAGUGGUGGCCCUGGUAGAGUUUGGGACACCUCAUCAUCAACCAAUAAAGCUUCUUUACCAAAAGAGAAUGAUGAAGUUUUUGGGUUUUGCAAGUUUUCACAUGAUAGCUUGAAUAAUGAAGUUCUGUAUGUCACUGCAAUGCGAGAUCGAGGAGGAAGUAUUGUUAAGUGGAAUACAACAACAUGGAAGCGUAUAAGCUCAAAGUAUGUAGUGAGAGACCCGAUUUCUGCCUUCAAUGUGUCAGAUGAUGGGAGGUUUCUUGCCAUAGGUACGAUUCAAGGGGACAUAUUUAUAUUGAAUGCUAGUAAUUUGAGGGUGCAGAGUGUAGUGAAGAAAGCACAUCUUGGCCUUGUUACAGCCCUAGCCUUCUCACAGGAUUCAAGAGCCCUGGCAUCUGCUUCUCUUGAUUCAAGUGCAAGGGUCACACAAAUCAAAGAAACAAAAAACAAUGGAUUUAACAUAUGGAUCAUACUGUUAUUCAUAUUACUUGCAGCAGCUUUAUAUUAUGCAAAAACAGAAGGCUAUCUUCUUCUCUAAGCAAACAAAAAUUCUCACUUGUAUUGUAUCCCAACACUAGACCAAAAACUUGGCUCAACAAUUCAAAAAUGUUUUGUGGGUAACUGUACCCAUGCAAUGUAUGUGACUUAAAUUAUAUCAGGUAGAAUUAAUACCAUUUUCAUUCUACUUGCAUAUAUUUUCAUUGUGUAUGUGUAUGUGUAUACUAUACUUUUUCCAUACAUAUGAUUUCAACAUUUUCAUAUCCUUACAUGAAUGUGAGAAUCUGUAAGUGAGAUCUAUUUUAUGAUCAAAAUAAGUUUACUUAUCAUUAAGCUUGAAAUGGCUUGAUUUUUGGACCCAGAAAGCAAAUAUAGAUUUUAUCAAGUCUGUAAGGGCGCAGUAAAUAUAUAAAUCCUAGUUUUGGUUAAUAGUUGCUAAAUGGUAUGCAGUCG